GCUACGGUGCGGUCGCUGUAUUGAAAAGUUAACGGCGAGUCAUGAAGAAUCUUUAAGUCGCAGUUUUUUCGAGUUCAGAUGAUCCAUAAAGCACAAAUGGGUGCGUUAAAGGCUUUCGGUUUCUUGAUUACCAUACUGGUGUACUCCGCCACCGCUCAGGAAGUAGUGAGAAGGGUGCCCCAGGGGUUCGUAGGCAUGCGCGGCAAGAAGUAUGGGGCAUCGGAAUUCUAUAAGCGAAAACCCCAGUUCUUUGUCGGUGUAAAAGGCAAGAAAAGUUUCGACCCUUUCUCGGAUAUGAAUUAUAAAAGAGCACCAAUGGGCUUCGUUGGCAUGAGAGGCAAGAAAGAGGAUUACUCAGACUUUGAAGACAAUCCAUUGAAUCAAUUUUCGGACAUGGAUUAUAAACGAGCGCCAAUGGGUUUCGUUGGUAUGAGAGGCAAGAAAGAGGUACAUCCAGAUUUCAGCGUUAAAGACAGUUUUGACUUUGAUCAGCUUUUUGACACGGGCGAAAAACGAGCUCCUAUGGGUUUUGUUGGUAUGAGAGGCAAGAAAGAAGCUGAUCCUGAUUUCAGUAUUAAAGACAACUUGGAUCAGUUUCCUGGCGUGCAUUACAAACGAGCUCCAAUGGGCUUCGUAGGCAUGAGAGGGAAGAAAGACGCUUACCCAGAUUUCAGUAUCAAAGGCAAGAAUGACUUCGAUCCCUUUACUGAUAUGGAUUAUAAACGAGCUCCAAUGGGCUUUGUUGGUAUGAGAGGCAAGAAAGAGGCUAACCCAGACUUUAGCAUAAGAGGCAAUAAUAAUUUAGAUCAAUUUUCCAACAUGGAUUAUAAACGAGCUCCCAUGGGUUUCGUGGGUAUGAGAGGCAAGAAAGAGGCUUAUACAGAUUUCAGUAACUUUGAUCAAUUAUCCGAUAUGUACAAUAAGCGAGCUCCUAUGGGCUUUGUAGGUAUGAGAGGCAAGAAAGAUUAUUCAUAUCCAGAAUUCCUCGGUGUCAAAGGCAAGAACAGUUUUGACGAAUUUUCGGAAUUGGGUUAUAAAAGAGCUCCGAUGGGCUUCGUAGGCAUGAGAGGGAAGAAAGAAUUCCCAGAUAUCAUUUUCAUGCCAGAUAGUGAUGAUAAUAUACCGAAAAAGUCUGGUUCUUUGAUCGGACAGAUAGAUUAUACAACUGACGAUAAUAAUGGCGGCGAAUUUCCUAUCCUGAACGAAAUUAUUAACGAAUAUCUUAAUAAGUUACGAUCGAAUUUGAAUAAUGAGGUAUCAACUGAGUCUUCCAACGUUUCUGAUGAAAGGGUGAACGAUUUGGAAAAGCGAGCGAACUUACACAAAUUCUACGGUGUCAGAGGAAAGAAAUCCGUGCAAGCGAAAAGACCAUACGAUGUUUCCUUUCGUGGUAAAUUCAUCGGUGUCCGUGGCAAGAAGGACUUGAAAAACUCGGGGGCUCAAGAGAUCAGGUUUUUGCUGCCCCGACCCUGGCCGAAGAGAAGGGGGCAGGGGUUCCUGGGAAUGCGCGGCAAAAAGUGGACCGACAAUGAUACCGUUUUAGAUCCAGAACAAACCAGCGAAAUGGUGAUUCCGAAUUAACUCUUAGAAGCUAUGUCUACAUUCAACAGCAUCCGAUACUUAUCUCAACUAAGACUAGAACUCUAAGACUAGUCGACCUAUAGAUACCUAAGUACAUCUUAUAAGUCAGCAAUAAGGUUUAAUUGGCACAGAAUACAGAACCAACUAGAAGCUGCGAAUCUUUGUGUGGAGGCUUCGGCCGUGGCUUGAUAUCUUUAUAAAUGUGUAGAGUUUACAGUAUGUAAGUAUCAUCAAUAGCCCUUGUCAGUCCAUUGUUACUGAACUUAAGGCUUCUCCUAACGGAAAAGUUUGCCCUUAAUCACCUAGCUGGGCAGACGGGUUCGUGAUCGUAGUUGAUGAUAGUAGCAGCAUAGAGUACGCAGUGGCGCGCACUUCAAACAUGCUUAA